AUGCGUUAUCGAUAUAUUAAUCGUUAUGCAUGUUUAUUCGUCAUCGUUUUUUCGUUUGGGUGGAUUGUUUUUCAUUGUAAAAAUAAUUGUAAAAAUUGUCAACGAAUAUUAACAAAGGAUGAAUCAUACGGAACGUAUGAUAUACCAAAUAUCGUGCAUUUUAUUACGGGACAAGGUGAUUCAUCAGAUGCAAUACUUGAUCGAUAUGGUCCACGUCUUGGUUUUCGUCGAAUGGAACGAGCUUCUCGUGAAUUUCAACUAAUAAAUUAUCUCGUUCUACUUUCUGCUCGUAAACAUAUUAAACCUGAUCAAUUAUAUAUUCAUUAUUCUUUUGAACCAACUGGUUAUUGGUGGUUAAAAGCUAAACAAGAUCAUGAAUUAAAUUUAACUCUUAAUCAUAUACCUGAAAUAACAUCAAUUUAUAAUUAUCCAUUAUAUCAUCAUGCACAUCGUACUGAUAUAGCACGUUUAGAAAUUCUUGAUAAAUAUGGUGGUAUUUAUCUUGAUUUAGAUGUACUUAUAUUAAAAUCAUUUUCAAAUUUAAUUUCGAAUUCAUAUCAUGUUGAAGCUAUAUUUGCAUGGGAAAAUCAAAAAUUUCAUGCUAUAUGUAAUGCUGUUAUAAUAGCACCAAAAAAUUCAAAAUUUCUUCGACGUAUUUAUCAAUCAUAUCAAAGUUUUAAUUCAUCUUGUUGGGGUUGUCAUUCAAUAUUAUUAACUGGACAAUUAGCAAAUAUAUAUAAAAAUGAAGUUUAUAUAUUACCUUCACGAGCUUUUUUUAAACCAUCAUGGUCACAUAUUGAAGAUUUAUAUGUAAAUAAUAUAUAUAAUUUUAAAUAUAAUUAUGCAUGUCAUCUAUGGAAUGCUUAUAUUGGAAAUAUAUUUUUAUAUAAUUUAACAAUAAAUUCUAUAUUAAAACCUAAAAAAAUGACAACAUUUAUUCGAAUGAUUAUUCAUGCUGUUGGAAAAGAGAAAUUAAAUAUGAUUGCGCGAUAA